CUCUUCCUCCUCCUCCUCCUGCCGCCGCCGCCGCUUCCUGGUUCUCUCCCGCCGGCGGCGCAAGAAACCCCAUUGUGCGCGGCGGCUGCUGCAGCCACCGCCCAGGCCCAGGCCCAGCCCCGCCGCCGGGCCCCCCUUCCCGCUCCGCCAGGGAGGAGCGAGCGGCGCCGAGGCCUCUCCGAGCAAGCCUCCAUGGAGAUCCCCCCGUCGCACUACCCGGCCACGAGAGCCGCCGGCGUGGUCGAGAACUACAUCAACUACCAGCACGGCAGCCCCAGCAAAAUCUUCGGCGUGCGGGAAGUGCGCCAAGCCAGCCGAGAGGAAAUUCCAGGUGUUGGGCACAAAUAUCGCCUGAAGUUUGCAAUGGAAGAAGAACUUCAGAAAGGCAGUCCUGUGAACUGCACCGCUGAAAUCCUGUAUCAUCACGGCGACCCACAUGUCGCUCCCGAAGUGCAUUAUACAGUGGAAGGGGAGUUCGGGACAAAUACAGAGGAAGCAGACAACAAGUUUUACAACAGACUCAAGAACCUGCCAGACCUAUUAGAGGCACAAAAUCUUCCAGACAAUUUCGGAAAUGUCUCUGAAGAAAUGAAGCCUGUUCGGCACUUAGCCUGGGUUGCCUGUGGUUACGUAAUAUGGCAGAAUUCGACAGAAGACACUUGGUACAAAAUGGCAAAAGUGCAAAGUGUCAAGCAAGUGAAAAGGAGUGAUGAUUACCUGGAAUUUUCCUAUGUGAUUCUGAUCCAUGAUAUUGUCUCCCAGGAGAUUAUUCCUUGGCACAUGCAAGUUUUAUGGAACCCGCAGCAUGGAGUUAAAGUCACACGGAAUAGCCGUCAGCCAAAACGUGCGGCACAGGAUUAGUGGCCACAGCUUCUACCCUACUACAGUGGUACCUUGGUUCCCGAACAGCUUAGUUGUCGAACAAAUCGGCUCCCAAACACCGCAAACCUGGAAGUAAGUGUUCUGGUUU